GGUAAUUAAUCAUCAGGGCCGCGCCCGCGCUCCCGUCACUGCCUCGUCCAUUCAGGUGACGCUGUGUGUUAUGUCCAUUUUCACUGCUACCUAUAUUAUCAUCUUUAUUAAACAGCUAACUUCACUCUGGGAUUAACGGAUGUCCAUGCCUGAUGAAGGAAUGUGAUGGAUUACAGUCUUGAAAAAGUGUUAGGUUCUUUGAAAGCUUACACUGCAACUUAAUCUACACAAGUUGACAUAAACUACAGUUACAAGAACAAAAUGUCCUUUAAGACAUUUAAUAUUUCCACUGAGAAUGAGUUUGAGACCGCCAGUGGUUCUUUGCCUCACAGUAGCCUGCAGCUGACCCUCUCUUCUGGGAACCAUUACAAUAGUUUAUCACCACACACCGGAGCAUCUUCUCCAGAUUUCUCCAGAAGUACAACCAACCUGAGUGACCGAGACACCAGCAGCCCCCCUGACAUCAACAUGCUGGAGUGCCGUGAAGACUCCCCUGUGGGUCACUUCAACACACAAACAGUCAUCACUGAUACAUCGAUAUUCACCACCUCACCAAACAACAACACACUCUCUGGUGUGACUAUGAAUCUGAACCAGACUUUCAUUACCACACCUGUCAAUUGCAGUGUGAAUUUCUGGAAUGAAAACAUGACUGUGGCAAUGAAUGCCUCAGAGCUGGGACUGGAAGAGGGCCAGAGUUUUAGUGAUGACACAAGGGCCAAAGGUUACAAUACAGUGACAUUUCAAGACUCUACUGAGAGGGACAGCCAGCUGAAUUCAUGUGAGACAUCCCGCAGAGGCUCCAGUGAAAAUGACUGCUGCUUUCUUAGCUCUGGAGAGAUGGUAAUGAGGAGCAACAGUUUCUGUCUGGAGGACCAGACCCUCCCGAUAAUCUCCUCCUUGGAAGAAUCAUCCUUCUCCUCACCCAUGAGCUCUGCAGCCUUGCCUGCGGAGGUCAGCCUGGUUACAGCCACUCUGCCCGAUGUCUGUGAGGGGAUCCAGGAGCAAAGAUCCCCUGGGGGAAUCACGACAGAGAAUGCAGGCCCUCCAUGCCUUGGCAUAACAUUCAUCCAGGCAGACGACUAUGAGCUCCCCACUGAGUCAAAUGAUAUGGCAACAUCUAGCUCUGAUGUAGCUCUGCCAAGUGAGGAUGAGGGGGCUCUUCUGAGAACCUUCGUGUAUGAAACAACUCCCUCAGAUUUUGGAGCAGUGGCUCUUCACUCUGCUGACAGUAAUCCUGAUGCAUCUCUGUUGUCCUGUUUCCCUCAGACAUUUACACAUGAACAAGGCAAGACCUUUAUUGCUCGAGAUAUGAAAGAUGCUGGUAAGGAUGUACAAACCUCUACUCCGGUUCAAAGCAGUGGGAACAGGAUGCUCAGCCUGCCCUCCCUUUCUGAGUCUCCCCUUGCUGAGAGUGCAGGCACCUCUGCAGCACACCCUCCUAAACAGCAGCAAAGAUCUCUCACUCCGAAACAACGGUUGGUUGUCAGACUGCCUCCCUCUGCCAAAAGACUGAGCAAAAUAGAAAUAAAAAAAUUUCCUAAGCCAGACUUUAGCAGUGUUAAAUCAAAAAUUAUGACAAGACCUGCACAACAACAGGGAUUGUCAGGCCCUGCCUCACAACACAAAUCAUCACAAGUUAAUGUACACAGCAAACAGGCCCAGCUGCACCGAAGAGCCCCUGUGGACAUAGCUCAUGCAAAGGUAAGGAGUAGCACUAAUGUUGCCUUUCAUACCACAAAAACAGCCAGUGAUAUCCACAGGGGCAAGAGCACUGGAGCUGCUAACUUGGCUACGACAUUAAUUCAGUCCUCUGAAGAACAUCGUAAUGCUGCUGUUGCCGCUGAUUCUCUGAGUGUUUCUUUGAGUACUAAUGAGGAUGGACAGGAAGAGAAGAGAGCGUCCAUGCUUGAAAACUUCUCUGCUGGAACUGAACAUGAUUCAUCAGCUUCUUGCUGUCACGCCAGGUCCAAAACAGAGCAAGCAAUCUCUAACCAAGUAGCAGCCGCCUCAGCACAGCACCCUGGCAACCAGACCUUCUGCUUUUCAUCCCCAGGGAAAACUGCAGACAGAGCUGACCAAACAGAUCCCAAACCAAGCCCUGCCAUUAGAUGUCUAAAGAAGGAGGACAUGUGUUCCACCAGGACACGGCCCCGUAGCUUGUCUGAGAAUUCAUCAUCAUCUUCUAGGCUGCCCAAGGAGGAUAUAGCUAUCUCCAGUGCCUCAUCUAGCUUUACUGUACCCAAAACUUAUAUCCAACUGGCCCAGUCAAAACCAGGGAACCUGAACUGCCCUGCUCAGAACAAACAGUCUAGACAGGCUGAAGCCAGGAGGGCAGCUGCUGAAACCUCCAGAGAGAUCAGGAAGAUCAGUCUGGUGACAGAGUCCUCUAAAUCAAGAGUGGGAGGAGCGGCAGGCGCCACAAAUGACGAGAGCAAAAGAUUUCAAGGAUGGCCUUCCCCUAGACGAGUUACAGGAGCAUCGGCCUGCCAACCUCCACCUGCCAGCUCCAGUCUCAGGCCAGCCCCUCUGUCAGCCAAACAGAGGCAGGGAAACUUGGGGAAUGACGAAUGCAGCACCUCCAAAGUCACAGGCUCACCCCAGCCCAAGCAAAAGAGCACUGCAGGUACCAGUCAGAGGGCACAGGCACCAGAGGAGCCAUCCCUUCGAGCUCCCUCAGCUACAGGGAAUACCAGACCCCUAGUGAAUGGAUCCCGACCCACUCCCACCCCCAUUCGCCCCUCUUCUAUGGGCCCACCCUCUACCCCUGCCUCUAGGGUGCCACGCCAGCCCCAGGGCCGGUCCAGAAACCUCUUUGUUGAAGCCAGCGUUCACAGUGAGCAGAGUGGAGGCACAGGAAGCUCAAAAGUUUCCGGGGCAGCGACACACAGAUCCACCCCACUGAAAACUGCUGUACUGAAAGCCAGGCUCAUCUCAUCUGCAGGGAGGAACACUGGACCAACUUUGGUCACAGCAUGUAAAUCUGCUACUCCCACCACCCAAGGGUCUUCAAAGUCAACAGCCAGUUCUCUGAAAAGGACUUCUUCCAGAGCUGUUCGUCUGUCCUCUAGUGUACCUGUGGACAAGAACAAACCCAAGGCCUGCUUCCACCAGCAACAGCCUCAGCAGCAAGCUGCCCAACCAGCCCAGGGCAAUGGACCUCCGGAUCUGGUACCUGCAGAUGUUACUGAAGACUACCGGGCACAGUGUGAAAGGAAGGACCAGAGCCUCCAGCAGCUUAGAGGUCUCCUGGCUGCCAGUAACUGCAGGUUUGAGGCAACUGCUGUUGUCUUGCAACAAACCCUGGCUGAGCGAGAUGAAGCCAUGAGGCAGCGCAGGGAGCUGUCCCAGGAGCUGGUGACCCUGAAAGGAGAGCUGGUGUGCUCCCUCCAAUCAUGUGAACGUUUGGAGAAGGAGAAGGAGGACUUAAAUGUGACCCUGGAGGAGACACUGCAGAAACUGCAGGAGCAACACCUGAAAGAGCUCGAGCAGCUGGAGCAGAAGCUGCAGGCUUUUUACCAAGCUGAAUGGGACAAGGUCCACCUCACUUAUCAGGAGGAGGCCGACAAGUGCAAAGCUCUCUUGGAGCAGCAGAUGGGAGAGCUGAAAGCCAAUCAUGAAGCCAUGAAGCUGGAGCUCAAAGCCAGCCAUGCAGAACAGCUGAAGUGUGUUAAGCAGCAAUAUGAAGAGUCUUUAGAAGAACUCAGGAAGGUUCAUGAUCAGGAGCAGCAGUCUUUGGACAACAUGAUGAAAGAGGCAGAAGCUGCUCUAUCCGGACAGAUCCAAGAGCUAAUGGAGGAGAACAAUGCUCUUACUGAGAAGCUAAAAGCAGAAGACAACAGGAGGAAAGAGCUGGCUGAAAAAAAUCUGAAGGACUCCCACACCCUGUAUCUGGAGCAGGAGCUGGAGAGCCUGAAAGUGGUGCUGGACAUCAAGAACAAACAGCUCCACCAGCAGGAAAAGAAGCUGAUGCAGAUGGACAAACUGACUGAGAAAAGUGUGAAGUUAGAUGAGAGCCUUAAGAAAGUGCAGCAGGAGAACGAGGACCUCAAAGCCCGCAUGGACAGACAUGCAGCACUGUCAAGACAACUGUCCACAGAGCAGGCAGUGCUGCAGGAGUCCCUUCAGAAGGAGUCCAAGGUGAACAAGCGCUUGUCCAUGGAGAAUGAGGAGCUGCUGUGGAAGCUCCACAACGGAGACCUGAGCAGUCCCCGCAAGACGUCCCCCACCUCCCCGUCACACUCCCUCAGCCUGCAGUCACCUCGCAGCUCAGUCUUCCUCUCCAGCCCCCCCGUCUCACCCAGAUAACGAUGGCCUCCCGCUUCCAGGAAGCAGACUCCUUUUGGACAGAGCUGUCCCGCUGGAAUCCAGAGCCAUAUUACUGACUCAUUUAGAAACUCAACACCCUGGUCAUGGCUCCAUGAGGAUGCGAUGAACUCUGUUGAUAUUUGCUGUACAGACUAUAGAAAAAUGACAAUGUUGCACAGAAGCACUUAAUAAGCGAGGCCACCUUGUUCUUUGCCUUUCAUGUCACAUGGGAAAAAAGGAAAUCUCAGGACUUGUAUGUAAUGAUAAAUGAUAAAUAUUUUUGUUACUCUUAUUUUGUAGUUUGCAUAGGCUCGUCUCUCCAAAGCUGAACACAUACACAUGCAUCACACACACACAUACAUGGAGAAUAUGUGCAGGAACAAAAAAAAAGAACACAUACACUCUUGGGUGAAUACAUAUGAACAUACAUACAUACACAUAACCCUGCAGUGGAAAAAGGGGUUUACUGUGUCUCUGGAGAACAGAGGCAGGUAAAACUCUUUGAAGACUCAGCAUAGCUAUGAAUCCAAAUAUCACUGUCCCCUCGUAGGACAUUUUUAUUUAUAUCUGUAUGAAAUUUGAAAUGGCUUCAUUUGUGAGUAGAAUUUCUGCAUUGUUAUUCACAUCUAACUGUGCAAAAAGUAGCAGUGAAAAAUUGUCAAGUAAACUGACAUACCACUGCCAGCCAACACGAAUACUAUACAUGCCUCAAUCAAAAAAUUACAUUUGAAGUUUUGUUCUCAUGAUUUGUUCAGAAGACCUGGAAUAAGUAUGUUCAUAAUUUUCUAAAGGUUAUUUUUAAGGGUUGAUGUCUUUUGCUCAUGGUUGACAGUUUAUUUGUUCAGAACCUGUAAUAUGUGGCCUCAAAUGUGUUUGUUUCCAUGUUUGUUUGUUUGCCCAAGGGACCAAUCCAGUUGUCUGUUUGUGCACGUAUUUGAUAUGUUGUCAAGCACCGCUCACCCAACCUUCCUACUGCAGCUUUAAAAGUUGGGGUCUUUGCAAAGAGAUGAUGAGGAGAAGCUUUGCUUGAACAUGACAGAGGCACUGCAUCUUGGAUAUGUGUCACCAAAAGAGUACCUGUGUGGGUUUGAAAUUAUUGGUGUGAUGACCCUGUUUGAAAUAUGCAAUUAAUAAAGUCAUGUAUUAAACUGAAA